UUCGAUCUGUUAUCGUCACUGGCGAAGGUUUGGUGAGGCUUGUGUGUUGCGUAGUCUUACAUACGAAUUGUAAGGUCGUGAAAGUGGUGAAGGUUGCAUCCGAAGCAGACAUGCAUUUAACAGGAAAGGCAGCGAAUUAGGAGAAAUCAUGGGGUGGAAGUGUGAUGUGUAGUGCGUAACGAAUUUAAAGUACGUAGAUGCGUUUGUCCAUUAUUCACUACAAUCAGCUGAUACUUAGUUUAGCGUAUAUAAUUAACAGCCCCAUUGCAUAACAUGUGAUACGAAUGUAAGUGUGUUCCGUGUAGUGUGAAACGUAGAGUUGCGUAAUUACAUAUCAAACCGAGUGUUUAUCAGGAGAGCGUGUCUAUUCAUUAGUGGCAGUCUACCGGUUGUGUUUGUGUUCAGUGUAGCGUGAAAUUGACAAUUGUGUAAUUACAGAUCAACCUUAUUGUUAAUCAGAAAAACAUGUCUAUUCACAAGUGGCUGUCUACCGGUUCUAUUUAUCUUAAUGCUGAAGCUGUGGACGAAAAAGAAAAAGACGGAAUAAUGUUUAGUAGUCCCAAGAAGCGGAACAAGUAUGGACCUGCACUUAAACAUUUCAUACCAAUCCGACCGUCCCCAAGUGACAGCCGUGCAAUGCCUAGUAAUUCGUCUGGAUUCUUCAGCUUUGUGGCUGUCUCCUGGAUGACAGGACUUAUGUGGAAAGCUUAUCGACAUGGGCUGUCUGAGGAAGAUCUGUACGAUUUACAGGCAAGUGACCGAGCUGAGCCAAAUGCACACCGUCUAGAGAGAUUGUGGCAUGAGCACGUGGCACAGAAUGGCGAGAAGUCAUCAUUGUCACAUGUUAUGUGGAGGUUUUGUCGUACGCGUUGCAUUGUUGCCAUGGUAUUCAUGGCAUUUGCUGUUGUCUUCCAGUUCCUAGGACCUGCAUUAAUACAGCAGUUCAUUCUUCAGUAUGUAGAAGACAAAUCAGUGCCCCUGUGGUGGGGUUUAACUCUGGUGUUUAUUCUCUUCUGGUGCCAGCUGCUACGGAAUUAUUGUUUUGGAGCAGGCUAUGUGAUGGGAUUACAUACAGCCAUUAGGGUCCAAGGGGCAGUGCAGCAUCUCAUCUACAAGAAGAUGCUUUUAUUGCGGAGCGGAGGUGAGAGAGUUCUUGGUCAAGUACUCACGUUCUGCACCAACGAGCAGGAGCGCCUAUUUGAAGCUUGCCAUAUGGGCAUUUUGCUGCUUACCACACCUGUGAUGUUUGUGAUGUGUCUGACAUAUUCACUUUUGGUGCUGGGCCCUUGGGCACUUGUUGGCAACAUUGUCAUCCUCCUCUUCUACCCCAUCAUGGGAGCUAUAGCAAAUGUGACCAGCAUGGUACGGAUCAAGACGGUGAAGGUGACAGAUCAGAGAGUAGGUCUCAUGAGUGAGAUUUUAAACAGUAUUCGCCUUAUCAAAAUGUAUGCCUGGGAAGAUAGUUUUGCCAAUAAAAUAGCAGAUGUACGAAACAUGGAGAGGAAACAACUGCAGACAGCAGCGUUUUUGCAGUCAUUCAGUAACACUAUUACACCUGCCAUCACCCUGUUGGCAUCAAUCUCCACCUUUCUUGGAUACAGUUUUACAGGUAACAACUUGUUUGCAACAGAGGCCUUUACAAUAUUUUCUGUGUUCACUGCAAUGCAAUUCACAGUUGGAACGUUACCAUAUGGUAUCAAGUGCCUUGCAGAAGCUAAUGUCAGCUGUCAGAAACUUCAGAAGUUUGUUCUGAGACCCAAUUAUGAAUCACCAGUAAUUAAAUCAGUUGGAAGGAAUAUAAUUGAAAUCAAGGACGGAACCUUCUCAUGGGAAGCUUCUCAGCUAGAUGAACCGCGUAAAAAGGGGCAGAGAAAAAAACAUCAAAGUAAACAGGGACAGAAAAUGACAAAUGGGAUAGGAGCAACUGCAGAGGAGAAAGGACAAUUUAUUUCAUCUGAAGAAAAUCAACCCAUAGAAACACUACACAAUAUAGAGCUGGAAGUUUCAAGGGGAAAGUUGGUUGGUGUGUGUGGCAGUGUGGGCUCAGGAAAGAGUUCGUUACUGUCAGCCAUCAUGGGAGAUAUGAUAAUAUCAUCAGGCCAGCUGUACGUGAUGGGGAGUAUGGCAAUUGUGUCACAGCAAGCUUGGAUCUUCAAUGACACUGUAAGAGAAAAUAUACUGUUUGGACUUCCAUUUGAGGAAACUAAAUAUCAGGCUGUUGUUGAAUGCUGCAGUUUGCAGAGAGACUUGGAGCUACUGGCUAAUGGGGAUAAAACUGAAAUUAGUGAAGGCGGCUCUAAUCUCAGUGGAGGACAGAAGCAGAGAAUUAACCUUGCUCGAGCAGUGUAUGCUGACAAAGACCUCUACCUCUUAGAUGACCCAUUAAGUGCGGUCGAUGCCAAGGUGGCUCGCAACAUUUUCAACAGAUGCAUCAAGAAUAAACUGAAAGAUAAAACCAUUCUGUUGGUUACCCAUGGCAUGCAGUUUCUUGAGCAAUGCGAUGAAGUUUUAUACAUGAAAGAUGGCUUGAUCUCAGAAAGAGGUACACAUGAAGAACUGGUUUCACAGGGUGGAGAUUACUGUCAGAUGUUACAGUUUGACCAAAUAAGAGACCAAAAGACUACAAAUGAGGUGGAUACAGAACAUCCUUUGCACAUGGAAGGAGCUGAAAAUGAGUUGGCUGGGAAGCUAACCUCAGAGGAAGCACACACAAUGACUCAGACAGGUUGGAAGGCAUAUGUGGAUUAUGCAAAGUUCUGUGGUGGAUACUUCGUUAUGGCCAUGCUUCUGCUCUUGGUACUGCUGUUCACUUUAUCAAGAAUGUCUACAGGUAUCUGGCUGCAGAUCUGGUUGGACCAAGGUGAUGGUUUAGAGGCAGAACGGAAAGAAAACAUCACACGUUACAACUUAACAAACAUGACAGAGGAGGAACUUAAAGGAUAUGUAAAUGAUAACCCCGACCUCUGGUUCUAUCAGCUGAUGUAUGGACUAACUUUUGGCAUCAUGUUAUUCAUUGGUCUGAUGAAAGGAAUUGGUAUUGCCAGACAACUGCUCUUAGGUUCAUCUCGCCUCCAUGACACCAUGUUUCGUAAAGUUAUUAGGUGUCCUGUUUCGUUCUUUGAUGUCACACCUCCAGGCAGAAUCUUGCAGAGGUUUUCUAGGGAUAUGGAUGAACUGGACGUCAGGGUACCAUUUUUCUUUGAGUUUGUGUGGCAGGGGUUGAUGUUUGUUAUCACACAAAUGUUGCUGGUGUGUGUAAUUUUUCCUGUAUUCUCAGCUGCCAUGAUUGUUGCAACAGCUUUAUUCAUGUUUCUGGAUGUGUGGUUGAACGUGGGAUUACGUGAAACAAAGAAACUGGAUAAUCUGUUAAAAUCCCCAGUGCUCAAUCACAUGUCAUCAACAAUGGCAGGCCUCUCCGUCAUCCGUACAUUUGGCCGACAGAAGAUAUUCCUGGAAAGGUUCUGUGCAAGACUCAACCGGACACUGGCAUCUGACUUUAUCUUCCGUUCUUCAGUUCGGUGGUUUACAUUUCGAAUGGAUAUGAUUGCAGUGGUAAUUGUCACAUUGACUGGUCUCGUGGUUGUAUUACUGCGUGACUCUGUUACAGCUGCCCAAAGUGGUCUUGCUCUGUCCUGCGUGUUUGCAGUGAGCACGUUUGUGCCAUUCGUUAUGCAGCUCAAGUCAGAAAUGCAAGCAAGGUUUACGUCUGUAGAGAGAAUCUUGGAGUAUACACAGGAUCUCCCAGAAGAAGCGGCUGGUAAGGUAGAAACACAGAGACCACCUGAUAACUGGCCAUGGUCUGGUCAAAUAACAAUGGAAGAUGUGCAGCUGAGGUACCGUCCGGAUUUGCCCCUUGUUCUGCAUGGUGUAACGGUUGAUAUUAAAGGAGGUGAGAAGGUUGGAGUUGUUGGUCGAACCGGGGCAGGCAAAUCAUCCUUGGUGACGACACUGUUGCGUCUGACAGAGCUGGCAGGAGGUCGUAUCUUGAUAGAUGGCAUUGAUAUUUCAACAAUUGGGUUGCACGACCUGCGGUCAGCUGUGGCGAUCAUUCCCCAGGAUCCUGUUCUCUUUCAAGGAACUAUUCGCUACAAUUUGGAUCCGUUUGGGGAACAUAGUGACGAUAAAAUAUGGGAGGCUUUGGACAAGGCUCACCUAAAGGAAAAGAUUAGCCGUGAGGAGAAGCAGUUGCUUUGUCCUGUAGAAGUAGAUGGAGAGAACCUGUCUGUGGGAGAAAAGCAGCUAAUUUGUUUGGCCCGUGCUCUGCUUCGUAAGAAUAAGAUCCUGCUUUUGGAUGAAGCUACAGCAUCAGUCGAUGUGGAGACAGACCAUUUGAUCCAGGAGACAAUCCAUGAUGCCUUUGGACAUUGCACGGUUCUCACCAUAGCUCAUCGCCUUAACACUGUCACAGCUUAUGACCGUGUAAUGGUCAUGGACUCUGGAAAGGUGACUGAAUUUGACACUCCAGAAAAUCUGAUGAACUGUGGUGACUCACUUUUUCGUCAGAUGAUGUUGGCGAUGGGUAUUUCUUCCCUCCGGGACAGCUCUGCUACAUGAUCAUGAGUACUUUAGGUCACCAAUGUUAUUGUUAUUAGUAUUAAUAAUAGUAAAAAUGUUAAUACAUUGAAUAAAAGUAUAACCAUGUCAUUUAACAAUAUUGUAACAAUUCAGCUGCUGCAUGCAGAGAUAGGUUUGUGUGUGUAUAAGUGAUUAUAACUGGUACAGAAUUUUGUAAAGUGUAUGUUUAACCCAGUUAAUGUUUCACUGUAAGUUAGACCUUUAUAAUCAUUUUGAUUUUGAACCUUGCUCCUACCAGCUGCAAAUUAAUUUGGGUAUAAAAAAAAAAGUUUGGUGUGCGAAAAUAUAAAACUAGUGCUGAGGUUCCAUGAACUAUUAGAAAUGGUGUCAAAGAGUCUAAAAAGCAGGGAUUCAGCAUGUAGUCAUAGUGUGACAUUAAAUUACCAGGUUGGUAGUAGAAGGCUUCUCGCAUGUACCUGUGUGAGCAAAUUGGAAGCCUUCUGAAAGAGGGCAGUAAAGGGUUAAAAUUGUCCAUUUUCUCAAACUGUAGAGCAGUGAUAAAGAAAUGAAAUGAAGGCUGAAAGUAUUGUAUCUUUCAGUGUAAGACUUUAACUGAAAUUUCUUCACUUUGCAACAGCUGUUUUUGUUUUAAUUUGUAAUUGUUUUUUAAAAGAGAAGGAUUAGAAGUAAUUGUCACCUUUUAAAGGUGUAAUACAGGGUUAGAUGUGUGAUUAUAUGUAAUUCCAUGGAUGCAUUUUCUUGUUUAACCCUUUCUAGAAGUUUGCUGAUGUAAUAUUGACAUAGCACUUUUUCCUUUGUGGUUAGAUGUCAGUGCAUUGUGGACAUGUAUUUUUUUCUUUAUUUAGGUGGUUGAUCAAAUUCUGCUGCGAUCAUUUCAGUGCCUUUAUCAAGCAAAUGCUGCCAUCUGCUGAUUAUUUUUGUAACAUUUUAUGGGAGUGUGCGAUAUUAUAUGUACACAAGUUGGUUGCCUGUAAAACAGCUGAAAUUUCCUAGCUUGGGAAAAAGUUGUACAGUCUUAUUACUAGAAAGGGUUAACUAUAUUUCAUAUGAAACAAGUAUGGUGAGUUUGUCAUCUGUUCUGAUGAUGAAGUUGGAAAGUCUUAGCUUCAGGGCAAAAUUCUGUUGCCCUGAAUAUUUUUUUAUUGACCCUCUGCAAGCCACAGACCGAUUAAAUCGGCUUGGGGUACUUGCAUUGAAAUUGCUAUAGCCAAAGAGAUUGGCUUGUUGUUGUGUAUUGAUAAAGCAUUUCUCUCAAUACAUGGCAUCAGGUGUAACAUACCUAUGUUAGAUAAAAGAUUAGGCUUUCACAUGAUCUGUACGUGUCGUCAUUGCAAGGUCAUUUGAGGAAGUAUUUUGGGGUUUACUGUGCAACUGAGUUUAUCUCCCAAGUAAGUUUGGGAUUUAUAGCAUAUAGUUCUUCUGUGGGGCUUAGCAGUCACAAGAUUAAGAGAAUGUCUUCUGAGAAGGGACAUUGUGUAGUCUGGUGGUUUAAGUACCACUUUUUCAGAGGAACUUUGUGUUACCCUGAGUUUGGAGGAAGUAGGUUCCUCUCAAUCAUUGGAACACGUCUGCCAUAUUACAUGGUGUCACAUCCCAGAAAACCAUAAUCUUAUAUUUCCUGGCAAGGAGACCCUGAAAUCUCAUGUUAAUUCAGUUUCUAACCUUUGAGUUCUUUACUUUUCAUAUAAUUAUAUUGUUCUGCCACAAGUCAGGGAUCAGGGAUGUGCAUGCUGCUCAGCAGUCUGAACUAUACUGACUUAAGAAACUGGGACUUUUUGCAAAGAAGGUUGCUAGUGAACAUCAGCUUUCUCCAUCAAUAUAUUUUUAUUGACAUUUUGUUUACAGAUACAAGUUUUAUUUGGAUCAUCUGUUCUAGGAUUCUUCCUCUUUCCUCUUCCAACAUUAACACUUCCAUGCCAGUCAUCUAGCAACCAGUGCCCUUUAUCUGUCUGUUUUUCCCAAAGUUCUCUGUCUUCAAUUUCCUCACCUGUUUUUCCUUCCUUCUGUGUGACAUCUAAUAUGUUGUUCCCAUCUCUUAUUCUUACAUAUUUUCCUUUUAUUCCCGUGUUCAAAACCUUUUGGGGAUAAUUUCUUGGUUCUUUCUUACAAUGUACCCAUACCAUCUUGUACUGCUAUUGAAGAUUUGAAGCUAUCAGGAUGAAUAAACUUGCUGAAAUAUUCUCAGGCAUUUAGCCAUGUCAGUGUUGAACUAAAAACAAAUGUUUCAGAGGUGAUAUGGCUCUCCUCCAUAAAUGUCAAGGACAUAAGGUUAAGCAUGGUGGUGAUAGGUUAGUGUCAGACAUGCUAAAAUCUUCUAGGAUCAUCAGCCAUGUCAGUGUUGCAUUGCCCAUGAUGAUUGAGACUGACAUGGCUGAUUGUCCGAGAAUAUUUUAUUUCUUCUGUUAUUUAUUAAUUUAUGUUCCUAUGUAUUUAUUUGUUUUUAAAUUGUCUCGUAUUUUUGGUUUUGUAUUCUCUUUCUCAUAUUUCUUAUUGCAUGCCUCAUAAAAAAUCUCAGCUGCUCUUAGUCUGUUGAUAUCUGUCAUUGUCCAUCUUUAUUGUAGGUCUAUAUGAAUGUUUCAUCCAGUAAACAUUAUCUUAUAAAGACAUGGGUGCCACGAGGCAGCUGGUUGUCUGGGAGAGAAACAAGAUAAUUUUCAUGCAAACGUAUGUUUAAGCCAUGUAAGUCUCUUUGUCCUGAUAGCCCCAGAAUACUCAGGAUGACAGAAUAUUUUUUUAAAACAAUGUUUCUGUAGAUUCUGAAGGGUUCUGAUGAUGGUGUAUAACACUUUGAAUCACUGGGAUUUUGAACUUUGCCCAUCAUUUGGUA